UAUACCGGCUAGCAACUGCCUUCGUCCGUUCAGCAAGCCCGGAGAAGGUAGCAGCUCCUUCCUUGUUUCCAAAAAGGUCUGAAGGUCCAGGUUUGGAAAGAGAACUACUGCUUUCAGGACACGAUUACAAGUUGCCUGAAUGUUGAGAGCUCUAACUUUUUCGUGUAUGUUCUGCCAGCAGUAGGAGAGUGGAGGAGAAGCCUGAAAGCUGGAAAUGGCCGCAGCUGGGAAUGACCGCUCUUUCCAUGUUUGUUCCCCCUACGCACAGCAGAAGUACAGCAACAUCUCCUGUUUCUGGGAAACACAACCACCAGGCUGCUUGAGGAUCAGUUGCGCCUUCCAUCAUAGCAAACCUCGCAGCAUAAAUGGACUUUUUUUGCCGCCGAGUAACAAUGCCCCAUUGCAACAAGGUGUCCAAGAAGGGAUUCCGCACCCAGCCCAUGGUCAAGAGUCACUCAGAAAUCAAAAGAAUAUUUUACGACCAAUUCACCCUCCACUGACUAUACACCUCAACGAUGAAGACGACGAUGAGGACGAUGAUGAAGAGGAGGAGAACGGUGCUCCUGACUGGGUGCCUCAGACUGCUGCAGACCUUGAAGAGGAAAGAGCAAUAAAGGAAAUAUGCUAUCAAUCUGGAGAGUAUUACGGGAUUCAGUACCCUCAGGAACACCAAUCAACAAAAACUGUGUCUUCACCUCGGGAAAACGAGCUACUACCCUGGGAAGCUACCGAGCGAGACUUGCAGGCAGGCGACGGUGAUACAAUUCCUACAACAUUUAAGAAUGCAAAAGGAGAAGGAGAGAGCUCAGGAACGACAGUACCAGCAGAGACCAUUCCCAGAACAGAUCGUGGAUCCUUUGAAAACGGAGAUGCCCCAUUGCAACAAGGUGUCCAAGAAGGGAUUCCGCACCCAGCCCAUGGUCAAGAGUCACUCAGAAAUCAAAAGAAUAUUUUACGACCAAUUCACCCUCCACUGACUAUACACCUCAACGAUGAAGACGACGAUGAGGACGAUGAUGAAGAGGAGGAGAACGGUGCUCCUGACUGGGUGCCUCAGACUGCUGCAGACCUUGAAGAGGAAAGAGCAAUAAAGGAAAUAUGCUAUCAAUCUGGAGAGUAUUACGGGAUUCAGUACCCUCAGGAACACCAAUCAACAAAAACUGUGUCUUCACCUCGGGAAAAUGAGCUACUACCCUGGGAAGCUACCGAGCGAGACUUGCAGGCAGGCGACGGUGAUACAAUUCCUACAACAUUUAAGAAUGCAAAAGGAGAAGGAGAGAGCUCAGGAACGACAGUACCAGCAGAGACCAUUCCCAGAACAGAUCGUGGAUCCUUUGAAAACGGAGGAAUUCACACUCCAGACCCCAAAGCAAAACCACGUCGCCAACAAAGGGGUCAAAGUAAGGACGAUGAAGCUGCUUCUGCUGUUCCUCCUGUGAGAGAAACUGGAAGAGACACUUAUUUCAGUUCUUCAGAACCUCGAAGAUCAGCAUAUGUAGUCUACCGUACUGCCACCGUCACCCAAGAACCAAAGUGCAAUGGACCGACAGCAGUACCUCAGCCGUAUGCUGGGAAACGCUCCAAACAAAAGAAUCAGCUUGACGCAAAUAGAAGAUUUUGGACCCAAACCGAAAGCUAUGACAAAUAUACUUCAGGCUCUUACAAUGCACCAACUUGGAGGAAAAGAAAUCCACACCCUAAAACGUUCUCAAAGUCUAAAACAACCAGUCAGAGCCAAGAAGACAUGGAAGUGAACAGGAAAGGAGAGCGAUACAUAGACAGGAGAAAGAGAUGA